ACAUUUUGACGUGAGAAGCAAAAAUAAUCAAAUCAACGAAACGAAGAACAGUGAGAGAGAGGAAUAUGGAAGAAUCAGUGAAGAAAGGGACUGUGACUUCACUGGCAUCCCUGUUCCCAGUGGAGGAGGCGCAGAAGGCGGCGAAGCGCGUCGAAGACGCCAUUGCCGACAACCGCGGUGAGCUCGAUAGGGUACGAGGUUUCAUCGCCGACAACAACAACCUCGUCAACCUUGUCCACAAACUGCCUGAAGAACUCUCCCACGACAUCAUGGUUCCGUUUGGAAAAGCAGCGUUCUUCCCUGGUCGUUUGAUUCAUACCAACGAGUUCCUGGUUCUUUUGGGAGAAGGGUAUUAUGCAGAGAGAACUUCGAAGCAAACAGUUGAGAUUUUGCAGCGAAGAGGGAAGUCCAUGGAUUCGCAGGUUGAUUCGCUUGAGGCUAAUAUCAAGGACCUUGAAGCAGAGGCUUCGUUUUUCAAUGCCACAGCUUCUCAAGUAGCGGAGGGUCUCGUGGAGAUAAGGGAAGAUUAUGUGGAGGAAGACUCUAUUGAAGGGGAAUCCGAAUCAGGUAAACUGCAGCAAGAUGCUCCUCAUUUGGGAAAUGCUACACCUAAUGAUGGGGAAUAUGAACGUAUGCUGGCAAUAAUGGAUGAACUUGAGAAAGAAGAGCUUGCUGCAGAAAGUGGCAAUCAGAGUGAUGAAAAUGAUGAAAGUACUGGUGAUGAUGAUGAGAUGUCUUAUCAAGGACAUAUUGAUAACAAUCUCCAAAAUUCAAAAGAUUUUCGUCAAAGUGCACCACUGGGUCAGACUAAUGAUAAAAUUAAAAGAGCUGAGCUUCCAGAAAAGCAACAUCGUAAAGAAGAUAUAACCGAUCAGUUAAAUUUUGCUAGCCUGGGAGUGCAAUCUACGGUCAGAGAGAGGGAAAAACUUGUAGAAUCCAUUUAUCCUAUUGAAAAGAUUCCUUUUGGUUCUAAAGAAAAACCAGCUCAAUCAACUAUCACAUCAAAAACUGAGGAUCCACACCAAACUUCACAAAGAUCAUUUGACAGUCGCAAGGCUUUUCCUGGCUCUAUUAUAGAGCAUGCUGAGAAUAUAGAAAGAUCUUCAAGAGAACAAAGUUCUGCUUCAUCACAGGGUUCUGGUUCUCAAUCUUCAAAACCAGUUUCCAGAUUCAAAAUGCAAAGAAGAUAACUAGAAAGAGAAGGUUGGAAUUUUUGUAUUUGGCGAUCUAAUGGUGUAGCAUCCACGAUUGUAGGAUGUGCUGCUUGAGGUCAAAAGUAGAAAGAGUAAAAUGGGGAUAAAAUGAUUUGACUUUUGAGUAAUGAAAAAUAUAGGACCUGUUUGAUUCU